AUGGCACCAGAAGAAACAUAUAAAUAUCUGGGUUUUGAGCAAAACACGAACAUCAAUCAUUCACGACUCAAACAGCAACUAAAGGACAAGUACAAACAUAGAUUGACUCUCUUACUUAAGUCGAAAUUAAAUUCCAAAAAUCUUUUUAAAGCAAUCAACACCUAUGCAGCACCGGUAAUCGGAUAUUCGUUCGGAAUUAUACGAUGGUCACACACAGAUAUUGACGAACUAAACAGACUGAACCGAACACAGCUCACACGUUACCGUAAGUUACACCCGAACUCGUGCAUCGAACGUAUUACGAUUAGUAGACCUGAAGGAGGAAGAGGCCUCGUUGACUUCCACACAUUGUAUAACUCUGAAAUAGACAACCUCAGACAAUAUUUUCAUAGCAAAGAUACUCCACUACAUCGCACAAUCACCAAAGCAGAUAGAAGAUACACGCCACUAAACCUUCACGAAGAACAUGCACAACUAGAACGUUCACACACAAUUACACAAAAAAAGGAAGAAUGGUCACGAAAAACAUUACACGGCAAACAUUAUAACAUCGUGCAGAACCCGUACAUAGAUCAAGAGUUGACCUACAAAUGGCUCACAAUGGGACAAAUUUAUCCUGAAACCGAAGGCUUCAUUCUGGCCAUCCAAGAUAACGUCAUUGCAACCCGGAACUACAGAAAAUUUAUAAUAAAAGAAGCGAUCGAGUCGGACACAUGCAGAAAGUGCCAUCAAACCACCGAAAAUAUUGACCAUAUAACUGGAAGUUGUAAAUUACUAGCCGGCACAGACUAUACUGAAAGACAUAAUGCAGCCGCUAAGAUCAUACAUCAAGAACUUGCCCAUAAACAUAACCUCAUCCAGACAAAACGCGUACCGUAUUACACCUAUCUCCCGGACAAUGUACUAGAAAAUGAAACUCAUAGGCUGUAUUGGGAUAGAACAAUAUACACUGAUAAAACUGUGACCAGCAACCGCCCCGACAUCACACUCAUAGAUAAGGUUGCCAAACAAACAUACAUCAUAGACAUUGCCGUACCAAAUGAUGUAAACGUCAUUAAAAAGGAGCAAGAAAAGGUAACAAAAUACACGCCUUUAGCUAUAGAAUUAAAAGAAGUUUGGAGACAAGAGGUUGUGAACAUAAUACCACUUGUGAUAUCGGUAACAGGAAUCACCAGCAAAAACUUCACGCGUCACCUCAAGACACUCGACCUUAACACUUACACUCACACAAAUAUGCAGAAAGCAAUUAUUCUGAAAACAUCUUCCAUAGUUAGAAAAUUUUUACAUCAAAUACAAUAG